UAUUAUUCCAAAAAGUUCAACGUUUAUUAACAGGAGGUGGUGAGGUAUACUGGCUAUGACAACGGAGCCAAUAGCUAUUUUGUAUGCUCUACUAACACCUUGCUAACACUCUCGAUUGCUAUAUAUGUAGAGAAUUGUUAUUAAAGUAUAAAUUUUAAAAACAAUCUUUUUAAACAAAAAACAGCAAAACAACAAAAACAAGUUCUAGGAGUGUUUAUUUAUACUACUGUACGAUAUUAUGUAUUUUUAAAACAGCAGCAGUUGAAUAAAGCGGUCUUUGAAUGGAAAUCAUUACAAAUUUGGUUUUACAAGUGAGCAGACGAGCUUUCGCUAGCAAACAAACAAAACAUUUUAAAAAUACCAACAACACAAAAAUGUCUACAACAAAUUCUUAUAAUGAUAAAAGUGUUCACUCAGCUAGCAUAGAUGAAAUACAUGAAGUUCCCAUGAGUGUUAUACAUAGACCCAUACCUUCCGUGCUGGAUGAAGAGAAAGUUAAAUCUUUAAUGGAAACUAUAAAGAAUGAAAAAUCCUCCGAUCAAGUACCACCCAUAGAUGUACUUUGGAUAAAAGGCUCAAAAGGUGGCAAUUAUUUUUAUAGUUUUGGUGGUUGUCAUCGUUUCGAAGCUCAUAAACGUUUAAACAGACCUACCAUUAAGGCUAAAUUAGUAAAUUCUAAUUUAUCUGAUUUGUAUACUUACAUGGGUUCAAGUACUCCUAAGAAUUUGGAGUAAUUUAUAUUGCUCAUGAUAUACAUACAUAUGAAUGUUAAUAGAUUUAAGGCUUGAAUGACUAAUAUUUUUUUAAAUUAACUUUACAAUAUAAAUCAAAACAAAUAUUAAACACGUUGUUGAAAUAAUAAAUAAUUUAGAAAAUUCGUUUUUACAAAGUAAA